AUGACGAGCCGCUCUCUUGAAAUUGACUCUGCCGUCUCAGGCACAUGCGAGUGGCUACUUCAACACGAUACAUUUAGAAAAUGGACAGAACUUAAUCAAGAGCUUCUUUGGAUAAAAGGGAAACCUGGCUCGGGAAAGUCCACGCUUCUCAAUUUUGCCUUUACCAACCAGAAACAUUUCCUCAGCGCCAGAUACAGCGAUCUCGUCAUCUCCUUCUUCUUUCACGGCCGUGGCGGCGAUCUUCAAAGAACUCCACUGGGCUUCUUUCGAUCGCUUCUUCAUCAAAUUCUUAAGCAGAUACCUUAUUGCUUGUCAGACCUUGUCAUUACUUUUGAGAAGAGAUGCAAGGAGAUAGGCGAGUGCGUUGAAAAGUGGCAAUGGCAUCCAAAAGAACUAUGGUUCUCCCUCAAGUCGUCUCUUUUGAGAAUUUUAGAAACUCGUUCAGUCUGGAUUUUUGUCGAUGCAUUGGACGAAUGCGGUGAAGGUAGUGCAAAAGACCUUGUCCACAAGUUCGAGCUCCUAUUCAAGCAAUCAGUCGCCCUGUCUGCUUGUUCUAAUCAACUCCGUAUCUGCUUUAGCUGUCGUCAUUACCCAAUAUUGAGUUCCCCAGGCCUGGCCGAAAUAUGCCUUGAGAAAGAAAACCGAGCCGACAUUCACACUUAUGUGCAUUCUGAAUCGUCUUCUUCCAGAGAACCGAUUUCAGAUACUGUUCUUGAUUCAAUCAUCGAACGUGCCUCUGGCGUUUUUUUAUGGGCGCAGUUAGUGGUGAAGCGAAUUCAAAAUCUUACAAUAAACGGUGCUGGGCCAAACCAGAUCAUAGCAGCAGUGGAUUCUAUUCCUGAAGACCUCGAAUCAUUAUACAAUCAACUCAUACGAGGUAUGGGGCCAGCUUCUGUGAAGUUAAUCCAGUGGAUCUACUUCGCCAGGCGGCCUUUAUCGGUAAAAGAGCUGCGUUGGGCUAUGGCUAUAGAUGUUGGCUAUUCAUCGCUACAAGCAUGCCAGAGCGCAGUGGAUUAUGUACCCGAUGAUAAACGCAUGAGGCAACGAAUCUUGAGUCUCAGUCAAGGCCUUGCUGAGAUAACAUCGGGUUCUAAUACGCCUAUUGUCCAAUUCAUACACCAGUCCGUUAAAGAUUUUUUUAUUGACAAGGGCUUGUUAGCCUUACCUGCCAAUUUUGUGUCUAUCCAUGCGGCAAUUGGAAUGUCACACUUAUAUUUAUUCCAGACCUGCAUACGCUACUUGGCGAUGAAAGAAGUCGAAAAACUAGCCAUUGGUACAAAGAAUCCUGACCAAAUGGUUACCGAGUUUCCUUUUUUGAGUUAUGCCACUACUUCAUGGGUGUCGCACAUGAAGCAAAGCGAGGACCAUGAUACACCUGCCGAACAAUUUUUGGAAUUGUUUUCUUGGCCAUCUAACGUUCUAAUAAAUCUAUGGACGGAAGUCUACCGCGGCAUAGACGAACAUUCAUCUGACUGCCCAUCAGGAAAUACCAGUCUUGUACAUGUUGUAGCAAGGUAUGGUAUUCAGGGAGUCAUGAAUGCUAUCCUACAAAGACUCGGCCAGGUCACAGUGGAAGCAGACUUAAAAGAUGGCAGUGGCCGAACGCCUUUGUCAUUAGCUGCAGAGGAAGGACACACAAUUAUAGUCGAGAUAUUGCUUGCUAUAGGCCAAGCUGAUAUUAAUUCCAAGGAUAGAUACUGCCGGACGCCGUUGUUAUGGGCUGUGAGAAACGGUCAUGAGGCAGUAGUUAAGCUGUUGCUUGCUACAGGUCAAGACAUCGAUUCCAAGGAUAAAUACGGCCAGACGCCGCUG